AUGGGUGCCCAACUUUCCACCUUGUUCUAUACCGUCAAGGCGCUUGUCACUCAGUACAACGCCUUCUCGAAACGUAUCUCUCAGUCGCCUGGAAUACCACGGCUGAACGCCUCCGUCCCGUUCUGGACCAUCCCGAAUGCCCCAAUUGCUCGCCAUGGAGAAGAUAAGGAGCUUCCCACAUACGCGGACGUUAUAAUCAUCGGGAGCGGUAUAUCUGGAACGUCCAUCGCCCAAGCACUCCUCGAGCACGACGCCAAAGAAGCUGGGUCCGACUCUGAGUCUGAGUCAUGCGAGCUAGCUCCGCCGCCAUUGAAAAUUGUGAUGCUCGAGGCGAGGGACGCCUGCUCAGGUGCAACCGGCCGGAACGGCGGCCACGCGUGUCCCAACGUCUACAACGAGUAUUCACAACUCAAGGAGGACCAUGGUGCCAAGGCUGCCCUGGAGAUACUGCGAUUCCGUCUGGCCCACAUCGACGCCCUUAUCAAGGCCGCGAAGGAUGAGAACGUCCUCGAGGCUUCCCAGGCGCGCGUUGUGGAUGAUUACGACGCGUUCAUGCAUCCCAACAUGUUCGCCUCCGCGCAACAGGAAUUGGAGAAAUUCCUAAAGGAGGUCCCAAAGGAUCUUGCUCAAGGUUUCGAGGUAAUCAGAGAACGGAAAUCUCUCGAUGAGCUUCAGCUCGCGUCCUCCAUACUGGGAUGUAUCGUCAAACCCGGUGCUUCCAUCCACCCCUAUCGAUUUGUAACAGGCAUUCUUUCCAGCCUUCUCGCUCGACAUCCUAACUUUGAUUUAUAUACACGGACACCAUGUAGUGACAUACGGACUAUUGACGGCGUGUAUAGCGUCAAGACGCCCCGGGGAGAGAUCAGGGCGCUGCACGUUAUACACGCGACGAACGCCUGGUCAUCGCAUCUACUCCCCGGGAUGCGUCGCAAAAUCAUCCCCGUUCGGGCGCACAUGUCCGCGCAGCGUCCUGGGCAAGGCCUCAUGCCAACCGCGAGUCCGUGCGACCCACCCAACACGCCCCUACCUCCUAGGACCUGGGUGGGCACCCGUGCGUUCGUGUUCUACCCGACAGACAAGGACUAUGCCUACGACUAUCUCACGCAGCUCCGCCCCUCCCGCCCGUCGAACCCCCUCCCGAGCGCGGGCGAACUUAUGUACGGUGGUGGAGCCGUGCUCGGGGGAAAGAGUGAGGAUGCGCUCCUGGACAAUAUUGGCGUCUCGGACGAUAGCGGCACGGACUUUGUCGUCGAGGCGUACCUUGCUGGCUCGCUCGAGAGAUAUUUUGCCGACCAGUGGGGUGCGGAGGGCAAUGAAGCGGACACAGAGGCCGGUUCUCCUCCUCCCCCAGCGCGCGGAUGGGGAAAGGGGAGGCUGAAAGCCGUGUGGACCGGAAUCAUUGGCAUGUCGGCUGAUUUUCAGCCCUGGGUUGGGAGGGUCCCCAAAGCAGUGUCGGGCAGGAAGGAACCUGACCCGUCUCUUUCACUCAUGAAAGAAUUGUCCAAUGAUGAUAAGAAAGGAGUAGAUUCUUUCGCCAAACACCAUCUCGCUCCGCCUGGCGAGUGGAUCUCUGCCGGGUUCACGGAGAAGGGAUGGUACACGCUUGGUUGA